AAUCAUCUUGGUUUCUUUUGCCCGCGACGGAAAUAUCUUCCACUCAAAAUAUCACCACAGCAUCGGAACGGAAAGAGUUCGUGAGACACUCACAAAAUGGCCAACUUCCGCCAAUUCCGCCCAGAUGACCUGAACAAAUUCUCAAAGUGCAACCUCGACCCCUUUACGGAAACAUACGAACUUGGAUUUUACUUGCAGUACCAUGCAAAGUGGCCAUCGCUCUUCCAGGUCGCCGAGGAUCAGCAUGGCAACAUAAUUGGAUACAUCAUGGGCAAACUUGAGUCCUCCCCAGACUACUACAAGUUCUCAGAGCACUACCUCCCCUGGCACGCUCACAUCACCGCAGUCACCGUAGCGCCCGAGGCUCGUCGUCUGGGCAUUGGCAAGAUGCUUACGGAGCAGCUAGAGGCCGCUGCUGACGCCAACGAUGCCUGGUUCGUUGAUCUGUUUGUGAGGAGCACCAACCACAAGGCCAUCCAAUUCUACAAGAGCAUGGGCUACAGCAUCUUCCGCACCGUCAAGGACUACUACGGCGACCACUCGAGCGACCCGACCAAGUCGUCGGAGGAUGCCUACGAUAUGCGCAAACCCAUGAAGAGAGACGUCAAGAAGGAGCACAUCCGGGAAAAUGGCGAGAAGUUCGAGGUAGACCCGAGCGAUGUGUGGUGAAAAGAUUCUCUCACUGGAAAGAAGACAUCGUCAUUCCACUCAUGCUUGCCCGGGUGCUGUUGAGGCUGCGACUCGCCAGGGUGCUGCCAACAUGAUACAUCAACAGAUGCAAAAACGACAAGUUGGAGCGCCACAGAUGCCGAUAUGAAUCCAGCUGCUUCGGACCAAGCAUUAGGCAUGCAUAGCAACAGGAGAAGAGAGGAUUUCGAGAGACGCCAGGCCUUGUAAACGAUCAGGCCUUUUGACUUACAGUAAUAGCUCGAGUAGCUCUUCGUUGUGAGAGACUUUCCACACGUUCUAAAGCUGGGUACGUGGUAAGAUGAUAAAAUGACCUUUUCCUCAUCAUAUACUGAUCGCGGGUUUCUUAUGUCAAAAACCCCAAUCACGGCCAAGAUCACAGUCAUCCUGCUAUGUCCCCUCCGGACCUUUCAAUCGCCAUUUGAGUAUUCACAAGUUGACGAAAUUUUGUCAUGAGCCUUGAUAGAUUGCUAGCGGAAAGCAGAGAGAUCACUACCCAAGGUAAGUAGUACUGUAGAUCAGACAGAGGUCGUGACCAAGGUUUACGUGCAGAUGACAGCAGCGCUUGUCUGUUUGGUGAAGCUAUGAUGAGACCGUCUCUUUUGGGUUGUAACUACAAUAUUCGAUGAUGAUAAUUGGACAA